AUGGAGGAAACCCCGCUGAAUUGCCAGAUCCCAGUCCCUAAGCCAGCCAUCUACCCCAAUGAGAUGUACCUUUGUCGACGAGAUGAGUAUCACGACAUGAUCAAUCAUCAUAAAGCUGUAUUUUGCACCUGCGCCACCCCCAGAGUUGUAGAGGUGACGGUCGGCCAUGCUCUUGAGUCGGUCUUUGUUCGGGCGAUUAUCGCCAGCUUGGAUGAAUACUGUGUCCAGGAAGACUUGGAUAGCAUCCUUCAUAGCCUCCCUCCUGCCGCCCGUGCUAAUUUCGGAUUGAUUCUGGUUGAGACAAUGCUGAACCAGUUCAUCUGUACCAAGUUCAUAGAUUCUCCCUUCUGGUUCAUGGACGGAAAGAUCAGUGCCACCGAUUCAGAGCCCCAGUCUGACUUCCACAAGAGGUUCCAGUACGUGUACAAGAGGCUCCUACAAGUUUUCCGCGAGGAUGCAGCGUGGUGGAAAUCCAUCAUUGUUGGAAAGCUCAACGAUGAACCCUGUGUGAUGAAUAAUAUCCCACCCACUCCCGUCGGCCGCAACACAAUUAAACAUCGCACGGCGCUUGUGAAGACUUACACUGAUGAGUUGAUGCGUUCCCGGCUCUUCCAGCUCUUGCUUCGAGAUCCAGUGACCAAGUACAAACGAUCCCAGCGCAAGGGUAGUCUGCGUUUACUCCUCGAAUCUGCCGCUCAGACCAUCAUUCACGGCGAUGGUGGUCUCUACGGUAAUAUGAACAUUGUGCGACUGCCAGAUCUUCCGAAAUUCCACCACUGGUCGGGCCAGAUGAUCGUCCAUCCCUUCCACGCAGGAUUUGAACCCGUCGAAGGCAGUCGGGUUUUGAUUGUGACGCGGCCAAGCUAUAGCUACAUCGACAUCAUCUCCCUCAAACACUUCUGUACGGUGGCCCAAAAUAUGGUGAACCGUGCCGAAGUACUGGUGGUAGCCAAGGGGAGAAAAGCCCGGGCACUAUGGGCAGCUGCUGCUGUCAGCAAUGACUGCGAGGACACCGUUGGAAUGGACAAGGAGGAAGGAGAGAGCCAGGAAGAGGAUGACACGGAGGAGAAUGCUGAGCCGGUCAGGGAUCUUCCGCCCCCACGAGAGACCAUCUGGCGGCAGUAA